ACGAUAGUGUGUACUCUUCCCAUAAACGAUGCAAUAUUUACGCAAAUUGCACAAUAAGCAUCAGUCUAUUUGACACAACAUGUUACGUAAUAUUUUAAUAUGAUCUACGGGCCUCUAGUACAACUGUAUAAGAUCAAUUAUUGUGCAAGUUAUUAAAAACAACGUUUGACUAUCUAGGGACCGUUUAAGAUUAAAAAUUCUCAGUGGCAAUUAUCGAAAUGUCAAACUUAUUUCAAAGUGACACUUUCAGCAUAUUACAAGAAAACCACGAAAUUUAUUUAAAACCAUACAUUCCCGACAGAAAUUAUUCACAAAUACAUCAAGUGGCAAUAGAAUGUAAUGAUUUGGCUCAGAAAAUCACGUCAAUAUGUGAGUUAUACACAAGAAGUAUUGAUGACACAUUUAAGAAGAAAGCAGCCACUAUAAUACAAAACUUUCUGAUUCGAUCUAGAAAUAGACGAAUAUUCAGAGAUGUUCUGAAUAAUUUAGACGAAUUGAAGCAUAAAAACCCUGUAGUGGUGCUAAAACAGAUUCACAACCUCUCUCUUGAUACAAAAGUAAGAAUGCUGCGAUGCUACGUCUUCUCUGUCCUUUUUUAUGGUGUUGAAUCGUGUACGUUGAACGAAGAUAUGUACAGAAAACUGGAAGCAUUUGAAAUCUGGCUAUAUCGGAGAAUAUUAAAGAUCCCGUGGGCUGACCCGGUCACAAAUGAGGAGGGCCUUAGAAGAAUGAAUAAGAACCAAAAGGUACUGACCACCAUCAAAUCUCGAAAGUUCGGACACAUUAUGCGAAAUGAAUCCAGAUAUGCUCUCCUUCAAGCUAUCCUGCAUGGAAAAAUAUUUGGAAAACGAGGCCAGGAAGAAGAAGAACAUCUUGGUUAA